GGCGUUAGGUCGCGGAACGUGGAGUUCUGCCGGGUCUGCUCUUUGGGUUGGGAGGGGGCGGUUCUGGACUCGGUCCACGUCGCAGCGCCCCACGCCCCCGCCUCCGUCCUCGCCUCAGUCGCCGCCGUUUUUCAGCCACUCUGCGCAGCCCACAGGCCGACCCUGGCGCGGGGCUGUAGGAGGCGAACGGUGGGGAGGGGACUGGGGGGCGAUAGCAGCCUGGGUUCCUGUCGCUGAGAGGCAGGCCCCUCGUCCUGGUCUUUGCACGUGAGCUCGGCCUCCGGCUUCCCGAGAAGGCCCUCCCAGGCUGAGGCGUCCCGAGCAGGCAGCUUCCCCGCCACCUGUUUCCCGCGCUCCUUAGUCGCCCGUCCCACGCGGAGCCGGCCCUCCUGGGCUCGCAGCCGGCUCCUGGUACCCAGAGCAGAUGCAGGAUUGCAGAAGGCAGCUGGGCCUGGGAUGGGAUUUAACAAACCCCUUGGGGACCUUGAUUCCCAGGGAAGAAUGGCAGUGACCACCACGGAUUGGGGGCCCAGUCAGGCAGCCCAGAAACAGGGCGUUCAUACAGACAGAUGUAAAGACCCAAAACCAGCAUGUGUGAACCUACCUCCACGGCUGGGACAGGAUGUGAGGCGCCAAGAAUCCAGUUCAUCCAACUGGUGUGUCAGAAAAAGAUGCCAUCUCAAUAUUUGUUUAUGUUUAUUUUCCACUGACCCUGUGGGUGAAGACGUCCUUGUCUAAUACUCCAUCUGAACGCUUUCCAGCUCAUCCAGUAUGUCACCAGGUUAACAGAUAUGGAGGUUUCUAUGAGGAUUUGGAGAAGAGUCUCAAUGACUGCUAAAAUUCUGGACUAGAUUUGUUAGGAAAGGUAAAGAAACAAGGAUCUACUAGAAGUAAAGAGGAGGUUAUAAUGGUUUAGUAAAGCUUUUCUAAUAUUAAAAAAAAAGGUAUCUACCUGUUGUGCCUUGCUGGAGAACUAAACAAGAAAUAAAUUUAUGAUCCAACAUAAGGAGUUUUUGAAGAGGUUUAACAUGAUAAUUAAACUCUUAAGAUGGUUUAUUAAUGUGCUCAAGGAGGCAGCGUUUUGAAAAAAAAAUUAAUGAUGAUGUUAAGUGUGUCCAUUUUAAGAAAAGACACUAACUUUUUUGGUCAAUUAUCACAAGGCCCUCAUUGUUUCAGGCACUUAAUCCUUGUAGACUCCAUGGGAUAUUAUUAUCCCAACUUAUAAAUGUGGAAAUUUAAGUUAAAAUUAAGCAACUUAUUCAAAAAUACAGCUGCUGAUAAGUGGCAAGGUUAGCAUUUGAGUCCAGCUGUUUUUGAUUCUUUGCACCAUACCUGUCAGCUUUCCCUAAUUGAAAACUGGUUUGAUGGGCAGAAGGGCCAGUGAGUCUACAGCUUUCUGAACUCAAUUCACAGGAACAACAUUAUGUUACUCAACUUCUUUGCUAUUCCUACCGCUGUACCUUUAAGUUGCUUCAAGAUUACUAUAAACUGGGUGGCUCAUAAACAGUAAAUGAAUUUGUUCCUCACAAUUUUGGAGGCUGGAAGCCUGAGAUCAGGCUGCCAUCAUAUUGGUUUCUUGUGAAAACCCUCUUCCGUGUUGCAUAUUGCCACCUUUCGGCUGUCACUUUCUGGCUUUGUCCUCACAUGGCAGAAAAGGCAAAUGAACUCUGCGAUUUCUUAUUUGGACACUAUAGUCUCAUUCAUGAGGUCUCUGUCCUCAUGACUAAUAAUUACCUUCCAAAGGUCCCAUCUCCUAAUAACAUUGUAUUGGAGGUUGGGAUUUUGACAUGUGAAUUUCUAGGGAGACAAAAGCAUUCAGUCCAUUGCAGUACCUAAGUUCAAGUAGCAGUUCAGUAAAUGUGUUUAAAUUGAAUAGAUUUAAAUCUGAUCCUUUCUGAGGACGUGGCAUUUAAAGAAAGACACCAAUCAAACCACAUCAGUCAUGUAAACACAUUGGAGAAGAGUUUUCCAAGCAGAGGGAAUAGCAAGUACAAAGACCCUGAGGUACAAAGUUGCUUGGUUAUAUUUAAGGAACAGCCAGGAGGUCAGUAUGUUUGUAGCUAAGUGAACAGGAAACAAAGGAUCAGAUCAUGUAGUGUCACUGCCACUCAUUUUUAAAAAGUCAAUUCCCAAGAGCACAUGAACAAAAUAAUAAUGAUUUAUUGAAUGACUCUUAUAUAACAGACACUGAAAUACAAUAUUUAAAUACAGUAUCUCAUCUAAUCCUUAUGCUAAUUCUACAGAAUAGGUAUUAUCUCAAUUUUACACCAAGAGGAAAAUUUAAAAAACAAAUAUUAAGUAAUAUGCUUUACAAAAUAAGUGGCAGAAACAAGAUUUAAUUCAGGUUUGUGUGUUUGCAAAAGUUUGGCUUUUCCUACUAUUACCACAGUUUCUCAUUUGAAAGAUUAUAAAAGAGAAAGGGAUUCACCCAUGCAUGCAAUCAAAAAGUAAUUAUGUUGCAUUGCUAGAUGACAGGUAUUAUAGAAAUUAUAUUAAAAUGGAAUGCAGCAUUUUUAAAAUUGUUUUUUUAUUUAGGCAGAGGCGGACACAUAUCUUUAUUUAUUUUUAUGUGGUGCUGAGGAUUGAACCUAGUGCCUCACGCAUGCUAGGCGAGCGCUCUACCUCUGAGCCACAACCCCAGCUCCCAGAAUGUAGCAUUUUAAAAGUUUGUAUGUGAGCUAGGUAUACACACCUGUAGUCCCGCUACUUGGGAGGUGAGGAAGGAGGAUCUCUUGAACCCAUGAGUUGAAGACCAACCUGAGCAACUUGGUGGAAUCCUGUCUUAACAAGAGAAAACAAAGUUUUCAUAUGAUUAUGUUCUUAUCAAUCAUUUGUUUCUAAAACUUUACAGAUAGAUGGACUAUAAGGCAAUUGCCCAACAAACUGCUCAAGAAGUUUUAAGUUACAAUCAAGAUACAUCCGGCUGGAAAGUGGUUAAAAUUUCAAAAAAGAUAACUGUUUCCAGUAAGGCAUCUAGAAAAUUCCUCGGAAAUCUAUAUCGUGUUGAAGGGAUAAUUCCAGAAUCAACAUUUAAACUAUCUGAUUUCCUCUACCAACCUGGAAACAGAGUUGCAUGGGAUAAAGCAUUGAAAGUAUACAAUAUGAUACACAGGAUUGAUUCGGACACAUUUAUAUGUCAUACCAUAACACAAAGUUUUGCCAUGGGCUCCAUUUCCCCCCGAGACUUUAUCGACUUAGUAUACAUCAAGCGCUGUGAAGGGAACAUGAACAUUAUCAGUUCUAAAAGUGUGGAUUUCCCAGAAUAUCCUCCAUCUUCAAAUUAUGUCCGAGGUUAUAACCAUCCUUGUGGCUAUGUAUGUUCACCUCUGAAAGAAAACCCAGCAUAUUCCAAACUAGUGAUGUUUGUCCAAACCGAAAUGAGAGGAAAACUGUCCCUAUCAAUAAUUGAAAAGACCAUGCCUUCUAACUUGGUAAGCUUCAUCCUCAGUGCAAAAGAUGGAAUAAAGACUCACAAAGCCCCAUCAGGACGUGGACAUCAUAAUGGUCAUGCAUCAUUCCAAAAGAAGAAAUAAGGCCUUUCUGCUAUUAAAUCAGAGAUUUAA